GAAAUUUGCGGUUCUCCCGCCGCAAUUAAGAGGCAGAGGGAGCGCGAUCUUGAUUGCUCCUGCUCGUUCUGCUCGCUUCGGAGGUGGGGAAGGGGAGGGGGAGACGGGACGACGGGAGGGAAUUGAUUUUAGAUUUCUCUUUUAUGUCGGGUCUGGUUUCUGGUGAUUAAAUUUCUCUCUUCUGUGGACUGAACCUCGGGAUAACUGAUUAAUAACAUGCCACUUGGCGCCAACACGGGGUCUCGAGGCCUUUAAUCGGCAAGAUGCACAAGAGAACAGAGAGAAACACAGAGCAGGACAAAACUCCACCGACUAUUUCAGCCUGCUGCUCUCUGCCUCGGCGGAUUUUUUUUUUCCCUCCCCCUCAUCUUUUCAGUAUUUCCUGCUAAACUCGUAAACUUUAUUUGAUUUACAGCUAUUUCAUGAACCUGCUUAAACUAACAUGUGUUCCGUCUUGUCCGACUGAAUCAUAAAAACAAUCUUGGAUCCAAACGAGAUUUUUUUUUUUUUAAAGGAAGAAACGAGUUAUUAAUGACAGAAAAUAGACAUUGUCUUGAGCGGCGGCUCCUCGGGCCCCCGCAGCGGGGAGGUUGCGGCUCCUGUGCCCGCAGCCUGCGGGGGGACCCGGGCUCGGCCCCGCAGGUCCCGCCCGGGCUCCGGGGGAGAUUUUUUUUUUUAUGCAGAGAUUCGAGCGCUCCUUUCCCCUCUGCAGAAUUUUUCGUUGGAAAUGAACGAUUUUCAAGCCAAAACGAGCUGGUAAAAGCAUUAACCCGCGGCCCCUGCGGUGGCAGCCUGGCAGACACACACGGGGCAGGUAAACACGCCUGGCUGCCCCCCAAAAAUCCCAGGCAGGAACGAAACGAGCUCCUGAAAUUUUCUCCAGUGGGGUGAAAGCAGAAUUUUUUUGUCCCCAAAACCACAGACAGAGAAGCAGGUAUCAACAGGAACUGUUGAUAUCCAUGGAACAGGUAUAAAUCUAUAGGAUUGGAUGGAUGGAAACACACGCGGGUUUAUUAAAAAAAAAAAAAAAAUCAGAUUUACCACACCGAGUAGCGACACCACCCAAAUAUUCAGCCCCGAUUCCCACCUCUGCUUGUGUGGAAAAGCUCUCCAGGGAAGAUACCUGCUACCCUCAGGAUUAACUCCCCGACACUUCGGGAAGCAGGAUGGGGCAUCCCACUGCUCCCAGAUAUCGCUGAUAACCCGCGGGCUCUGCCCCUCCAAAACCGAUUUCUCUGCUGUGCUCGGGUAGCUCAGGGCCUUAAGCUGCAGUUCGGGACCUCACCCGGCCCUGGAACAAGAGAGGAAAUGCUCUUUUUUUUUCUUCUUUUCUAUUCCUCCUGUGGUCAUUUUUUGGUAUUUAACGUUUUCUGGACACGCACGCAAAACAGAUCUCAAGAACUCUUUGGGUUAUUGAUAUAAUCUGUAUUUUUCCUGCAGAGAUAAAAGUGAAUUUUAGGGAGCCCGUGAUACCCGUCCAAGGCCGAGCUCACAGCCACCCCCCCGCCUCCCUGGGAGCGUCUCCCGCUCCCAAAAUUCGUGGAUAGCGGGCAUACAAAGGAUAAUGUGGAUAUCCAGAGCGGCCGCGCUGCGCUGUCGCUCGGCGUUAUUUAGGGCAGGGGAAGAAAAGCGACCGGGGGCGAGAAAAGGGGGGAAAACGGAAAAUGGGGAAGAAAAGAGGUGAGAGGGCUUGGAAAGGAGAAAAGAGAGGAAAAAAAAUGAGUUGGAGAGAAAGGGAGGAAGAAAUUCGGUCGGGAUGAGGGAACUGGGGAUGCCCGGGUGUCCCCCCGCCCAGGGCUGCUCUCCCCGGGAGAGCGAGGGAAGGAAAAACAUUCACAGGUGAUGCUUUGGGGCUUUUAUCAGACACGGAAAAGAUCCCAACCCUGCGGGAUCGGGCUCCUUUUGCCACCCCCGCCCGCCCUCCAGGGUCAGGGCAGGAUCGCUCUCAGGGGCAGGCACGGGGCGCUGAGGAUUUCCCCUUUUUUGCCCCCAUUUCGUUUCUUCCCAGGCAGCGAAGGGAGCCAAGGCCUUAUCAGCUUUUAUUUUCUCCUCGGGGCCGAGAUAAGGCCCUGAUUGUCGCCCUGGUUGGGCAGAGCAGAUCAGUCCGGAAUGGAGCGUGCCAAAAAAUCCCCCACGGCGAUGGCACGAAGAGAAACGCAGCACAAUUCCAUCUUUUCCCGGGCAACACUGGGGAAAAACCGGGGAGGGGGUGGUGGACCCCUGUCUCCCCGGACUCCCCUCCCUGAAAAACGCCUUUUGGAGGGAUCGGGGGAAAGAGAAUGGAUCCCUUCUGCUCCACUGGGGAUUAAUUUGGGGAUCCUCAGGCUCUGCUUGGCGUCCAGGAGGAAAAGGGAUCUUCACCCCACGCGUGGGAGGUGAGGAAGGAGCGCUGUGCCCGCGCCUCGCCAAGCCCUGCCUCUGCCCCGCUCCUUCUUUUUCAUUUUCCUCACUGUUUCAAAGCCUGCAGCUCGCCUGGGAAAUUAAUGGGCUCAGGGAGGGGAAAGGGUUUUAAUUGCAAUUUUUUUUUUCUUAAGGUAGCCAGAAGGGCGGGAAAAAAACCCCAACAAACCAACAAAAACCAAAUCCAAAACAGCCGAAACCACAAACUUUAAAAGAAAAACGCUAUUCACCUGUAAUUAAAGAAGAAAAAAAAAAAAAAAAGGGAAAGAAAAAAGCUCGAGCCAGGUAUCUACCCCCGAAGGCUCGUCUAAAGCAAUUCUCCAGCACUAAAGGCAGGAUUUUGUAAUGGAAAUAAUGACACGACAGAACUGUAUUGGUGGGACUUUCGUACAAAUAUUUUGUUGAUACCAACUCUCAGAUCAGCGCAGUCAGUCCCUGCCCCCACGACUGAGGGGAAAGAAAAUAGGAAACAACUGGGACAAAAAACCCAACACAUAUUAAAAAACCCAAUAAGUGAAUGGACAAAAAUGCUUCCAGAGAGGAGGAUUCUUUUAAACACUUGUUUGCUCCCAGGUGCGUAUUUCGCCAAAGCGAAAAGCGGCCAACAAAAGGGAAAUAAAAGCAAAGAGAGAACUGGUCCGAGAGGGGAAGUAAAUUAUCUAAAAAUGGAAAGGAAAAAUAAUAAUCCCUGCUAGGAGGGAGCUGAUUUUCGCUGAAAAUAUGGCAAGGAGGGAGAAAAGAGCGUGGGGAAGGCACGAGCGCUGAUGUCUCUGUAUUUCACAAGCCGGGCGGCCGCGCUGCCCCGUCCUGGGCAGGACGAGGAGCAGCGAGAGAAACUCAAAAUCCUCUUCGGUUUGGUUAAGCCGACCCAAAAAAGUGAUUUUAAAGGGGUGUGGAGGGCGGGCGGGGGGAGAGCGAGUUCACGCUCGGCACUAUUUCUUACUGCUGACACCUCGACCCCACUGCGAGCCAGCAGCCCGGCCACCCCCCUGCCUGCAGCUGGCCGGGAAAUCCCGCAAGGAGAAAGCGCCGGGGCCAGGGACACCCUGCGGGGCCGAGCGGGGCUCCGGCAUGCGGGGCUGCACAGCCGGGUCCUGCCCGCCCGAGGGGCUGAAAAGCCGGGAGGCAGCCCCGAGGGGCUGCGGGGACUCGGGGGGCACAGCCACGGAGCCGCCAGCCCCACGGAGUGGGGGAUCCGGCCAAGGAAGCUCGUAACAUGGCGGAUGGCGAGGAAGGCUUCGGGCUGCCCAGCACGCCGGCCGAUCCCGAGGCCAAGGAGCUGCAGGCCGAGGGCAAGCAGGACACGCAGCUGGGGGCCAGCAGCAAGCCGCCCACCUCGCCGCAAGCAGCCUUCACGCAGCAGGGCAUGGAGGGCAUCAAGGUGUUUUUGCACGAACGCGAGCUGUGGCUGAAGUUCCACGAGGUGGGCACGGAGAUGAUCAUAACAAAGGCCGGGAGGCGAAUGUUCCCCAGUUACAAAGUGAAGGUCACUGGACUCAAUCCAAAGACGAAGUACAUCCUGUUGAUGGAUAUUGUCCCGGCGGAUGACCACCGAUACAAAUUCGCGGAUAAUAAAUGGUCGGUGACAGGCAAGGCAGAGCCGGCCAUGCCCGGCAGGCUGUACGUGCACCCCGAUUCCCCCGCCACCGGAGCGCACUGGAUGAGGCAGCUGGUUUCCUUCCAGAAGCUCAAACUCACCAACAACCACCUGGAUCCCUUCGGACAUAUCAUCCUGAACUCCAUGCACAAAUACCAGCCCCGGCUCCAUAUCGUGAAAGCGGACGAGAACAACGGCUUCGGCUCCAAGAACACCGCCUUCUGCACCCACGUCUUCCCGGAGACCGCCUUCAUCGCCGUCACCUCCUACCAAAACCACAAGAUCACCCAGCUGAAGAUUGAGAACAACCCCUUUGCCAAAGGCUUCCGUGGCAGCGACGACAUGGAGCUCCACAGGAUGUCCAGGAUGCAGAGUAAAGAGUACCCAGUUGUUCCCAGGAGCACAGUGAGACAAAAAGUGUCCUCGAAUCACAGCCCCUUCAGCGGCGAGACCAGGGUCCUUUCUGCCUCCUCCAACCUGGGCUCCCAGUACCAGUGUGAGAACGGGGUGUCCAGCACCUCCCAGGACCUGCUGCCUCCUGCCAACCCCUACCCCAUCUCCCAGGAGCACGGCCAGAUCUACCACUGCACCAAGAGAAAAGAUGAGGAAUGUUCCACCACCGAGCAUCCCUACAAGAAGCCCUACAUGGAAACCUCUCCAGCAGAGGAGGACCCUUUCUACAGGCCCAGUUACCCGCAGCAGCAGGGACUGAACACGUCGUACAGGACUGAGUCGGCGCAGCGCCAGGCCUGCAUGUACGCCAGCUCGGCGCCGCCCACGGAGCCCGUGCCCAGCCUGGAGGACAUCAGCUGUAACACGUGGCCCAGCGUGCCCUCGUACAGCAGUUGCACAGUGUCUGCCAUGCAGCCCAUGGACAGGUUACCCUACCAGCAUUUCUCUGCCCACUUCACCUCGGGGCCGCUCAUGCCCCGCCUGGGCAGCGUGGCCAACCACACGUCGCCCCAAAUCGCAGACACCCACAGCAUGUUCCAGCACCAAAGCUCUCACCAGCCCAUCGUGAGGCAGUGUGGACCUCAAACGGGCAUCCAGUCCCCUCCCAGCAGCCUCCAGCCGGCGGAAUUCCUGUAUUCCCACGGCGUGCCUCGAACCCUGUCGCCCCACCAGUACCACUCGGUGCACGGCGUGGGGAUGGUGCCAGAGUGGAGUGAGAACAGCUAACCAGGGGGCAGGGAAUGCCAGAGCCACGGGAAAAUCCCAGCAAACGGGAGAAGGAAAAGGAAAAGAAUCCCCCUGUUGAUAGCAGAGCGUUUUGCAAGACUCCUUGAAGUGAAUGUUCACCGCUAGCACUCAAGAGGGACGGACACUGACUGAAACCACGGCUGGAAGUCAUCCGCCUCCGUGUGACUUGCCCUGACCCCCCUUUUGUUUUCUUUGGUUUCAAAAGAAAAGCCAACAGCCCAGCACACUUCUGUCCCUCCACGGUCCCACCCAGUUUGUUUUGCUGCCACCACCCUCGUCCCCCACCCCCGUCCUUCUGCUCUUUUUGUUCUCCAAGGGACACCAAACUCCUGCUGCCUUUCUCACCACGGUCAGAAUGCUUGAAUGAGAACAAUUAGGAUGUUACUUUUUUUUUUUUUUUUUUUUGUGGUGUUGAUGUUGACAAUGUUAUAUAAUAAAUAAUAAUAUAUAUUUUUUCUUUCCAUUUUCUCAGAAAAAAAAAAAAAGAAAAAGACACCAGCCCUUUUUACCAAGGGUGAAUUUUGGAGUGGUGUUUCUUUUUUUUUUUUAGGUAGUGUUAUCUUUACUUUUCAACAGAAAGAGGUACUGAGAACCCCCAAACAAAUAAAUCCAGUACCUAUCUCACCCAGGCAUUGUACCAAGAGUGAAAUUACUCCCACAGGGAGCUGUGUUUCCUUACAAACUCCCCAAAAUUCUCUCCAGGAACCAUUCCAUAAACCAUCCCCUCAUCUCCUUUCCCACUUGUAAUUCUCUCACUCCUCUUCCCUUCCCAACUCCUGGUCUUUCCUGGUCCCUCAGCAGUCUCUGACGGAAGCAUGGGGUUAUUUCCAAGCUUGCAAACAUCCCCAGCUUGAGUCCUGCUGGAUUUUUAGCAGCGUGUGGAAAGCCAGGCUCUGAGCCAGCUGCCACAGGGGGAGAGGGGGGAGACGAUGCAAACACUGAGAGGAAAAAGUUUGCUCACCAAAAUGAUGAUGACGCUUGUUUGCAAUCCCAGGCUUUCAUUUUCUCCUGUGUUCCUUUGCUUCCUCUCCAAAAGAAAAAGGAAAAAUUAAAAAAAAAGGGAUACCAGUCUGGGUGUGUGAUGUGAGAUAUUAAAUAAAUGUGUUUAAAAGGGGCAGAAAGUGAUCAUGAGAGGCUGGGAGUGGUGGAGGCAAAAAGAGAAGGAAAAGCAAAUUUGUGCAAGGAAAAAUGUCUACUGCAGAACCUUUCAGGUGUAAAAUUUCCUGGUCCUAUUUAUUUAUACGUGGGAGUUCCAAAAACUCCAAGGAUGUUACAAAAGCAGCUGAUUCCAAGAGGUUCAAAUUUUUAUUGAAAUGGAAGUUUGCUUUCUUUUCUUCUUUUUUAUUUCCUCUCCAAGCUGUGCACACUCUAUAUAAUUUACAUAU